AUGAGCAACAAAUACCUUUUGGAUGAGAAGCAACAGUUUAUUAAUGGGAUUGGCACCGAGUUGGCAUGGGGAUGGUCUCCAGCGAUAGAUUUUACCGAAUUUUUGAAUACAAGGAAGAGGGAACAAACUCUUGGAAAGGGGCCUGAGGGCACCUCAGAAGUGGUGAAUCCAACUGUAUCCGAUGACAAAAAGUCCAGCCAAGAAUCAAGUUGCCUUACCAAAGAAGAAAAGGAUAUUGAGUCGAUGAUUGCGACUAUCAAACAGCGCUCAGUGGAAGAUAAGGAAAGAAAUGGAUCUGAUGAGCCCGGUGACGUGCGUGUGCUUCUUUGCGGAGCAUGUGAUAUACGCCAUGUUUUCCGCACCCUUUCCAGUUUACGGGUGAAGGGAUCACUCACAUCAUCGGGGGAGUCAGUUGAUCCUACGUGGCACUUCUAUUUUUAUGAGCCCAAUCUGCGCGUGCAUGCUCGUCACCUAUUUUUCCUCAAGUGGCUGUUAGACAGUACUUUUUCUCUCGAUGAGCUUGAAGAGAGGGUGCUAAUGUUCCUUGAUGUUUUUGGUAAUGCCAUGACACGUGACACAACGGCUGCGCAGGUGCGAAAUGUCGCCCAACAGCUACUCAAUGCGUUGCGCUCUGAGGGUGGAGGAGAUCUCGCUGAGUUGGUGUCCUUUGCAGAAAUGAAGGAAAAGGAACGCGACUUUGUGGAGCAGCAGAUUGUGCACUGGACGCGUGAUCGCUCGGUAGCUCACGUGGAAGAGACCCGCUCCAAACGCCUGAGGCAAGAGAUGGCGGAGCGUUUCGAUAACCGGGACAAUAUCAUUGACUGGGACUUCCACUUUCAUCUGAAUGACUACACAAACCUAAUCAAAUUUACAGAAUAUCGCACAUGGCGCAACAAUGGUGUUGCUUUCGAUGCGACACACAUCAACCCACGCCGUGAGUUCACGUAUACUUACUCGGUUCCUAACAAAACGCUCUGCCACUUUAACAAUAAAGGGGAUGGUGUUUUCUUGGGUGAUGUGAAGAAUGGGCCGUUCUUUGCCUUGGGGGCACAAACUGCGAAUACACACAUUCGUUCCAGAACUUUCGAUGGCACGUGUAAAUAUGGCAAUGGUGUUGUCUCGAUGCAUAAUAUUCGUGCGUGGUUAUAUGGUCUCAUGACAGGGUUGCGGUGGCCGUGGAGUGACCACUUAUUUGCGUGGGAUGAUGCCUCUAACUACAAUUGGCUUCCAGAAGGUACCCCCAAAGACGUUACGCACCAAACCACAUUACCUAAGGUGAAGUUUCAUUUCAUUGGUUUGGACUUGGACCGCUUCCUAAAGCGGAUGCGGGAUAAGGGAAGACAGAAGUUUGAUGCAGCCUUUGUUGGGACAGGAUGCACGCAGUUUAUGACUCCCUCCUUUUUUGAGAUUGCAAUGAUGGAGGACGCUGUCGUGGUUGCGGAAACUGCAAAGUUUGUUAUAGAUAUGAGAGAUGAGGGCAAAAAAGCUUUUGUUAACAAAAUAUGCGAACUGGCUCGUGCGGCUAACUGGAACCGAAACGAAGACAUAACCAAAUCUCUUCACAAGGACCAGCCAGAUCCUCAGAAAGUUGACGAGAACUCAUCAAAUAACAAGGCAGCGCUAAUGGCGAAGGAGCGGUACGAAAUGCCCUACCAAAUAGCCCUUACGCGUUGCUGCUCUGUGGUGGCGUGA